AUGCUUAUAGAAAAAAAUGUAUUACGAAAUCUGGUCAAGCCGCUAAAAACAAUAAAAAAAUAUAUUUACUCAGACAUCUUGGAGUUUAUGAGACCUACAAUGGAAAACAGAAUGACUGAAGGUAAUGUUAUCGAAAGUGAUGAGGAUGAAAGAGAUGACGAUGAAUCAAUUUUAGUAAGAGGCACGGGUGUUGAUAUAUCAACACUAGACACUGGAGAAGAUUUUGAAGUCCAACCAAAAAAGAAAAAAACGAAAAACACGUUUGAAGAAAAAUUAUUGACAGUGUUGGCAAAUCGCCGUGUUGAAGAUCCGGUGACUUCAUUUCUUAUGUCCUUAGCUCCACAAAUUAGAUCGCUAACACAGGACCAACAAAAUGAAGUUUACAUUGAAUUUAUAAAAAGUAUAAGAAAAGUUAAAAAUUCAAACAAUGCUUAUCAGUCUCAACCACCAUACAUUCCUCCUCCAGUGAAAAAUGACUAUCCUAAACCCUCAGAACAUUCCUUUUUGCCCAAUGACGUUUUCUACUCGUAUCCUCAAUACCCACCUUACCAUAGUGCACCUUUUUCUUCUUCUACUUCAACUAUACCAACAUCUGCUGUUCAAACAAAUGCUUGUCACUCUGCCAAUCUUCCAUACUAUUCUCAACUCAAUUCUCCUUUAUCCACUCCUCCAACUACAUCUGCAUCUACUCCAUCAAGCUCUAACAAUAAUUAUUGA